AUGGAAAUGAUUACAGACUUUCAAUUGCAAGUCGAAGUUGACAAGCCGAUAACUCCACCUCAGUUAACGAAAAUGGUUGCGUUAACGAGUAAUAAUGAAAACAUUAAUGACAAUACCGCCAUGGAAAUGACUACAGACUUUCAAUUGCAAGUCGAAGUUGACAAGCCGGUAACUCAAACGCCGCCUCAGUUAAGGUCAACGAAUAAUGAUGAAAACAUCAAUGACAAUACCGCCACGGAAAUGACUACAGACUUUCAAUUGCAAGUCAUUAAGAGCGCAGUUGAUGAAUGUUUGCAAGAGUUUCGGACAUCAAUACGCAAUGAUAUACAAAACAUGCAUUUAGAGUUAUUGCGACAAUUUCAUAUUCAAAAGACUGAAAUGGAAAUGAUGUUUUUGAAAUAUUGUGGAGAAACAUUGUCGCUUCGUGAAGAACUUGAACGACUUCGAGAAGAAAAUGAAAGGUUAAAAAUGAAACUUUGA